AUGGAGGUUUUGGCUAGAAUUAUGGAGGAAAAGUCUAAGAAUCCUCUAUUCAAAUUUCAUUGGAGAUGUGAGAAAACCAAAAUUGUUAACCUUUGCUUUGCUGAUGACCUUAUGAUUUUUAGUAAGGGUGAUACUAAUACUGUUCGAUUGAUUAUGGAAGGAUUGAAUGAGUUUAGUGUUCUUUCUGGCCUCACUCCGAAUCCUAGCAAGAGUAAUAUCUAUUUCUCUGGCUGCUCUGAGGAGUUAAGGGCCAGUAUCCUUCAUAUUGCUACCUUCUCUGAGGGUAUGCUCCCCGUCAAAUACCUUGGAGUGCCUCUCAUUACCACUAAGUUGAAAGCCACUGAUUGUAAAUGUCUGGUUGAUAGGAUCACUAAGAGGAUUAGUAGCUGGACCAAUAAACUUUUAUCUUAUGCUGGUAGGGCCCAUCUCAUCCAAACCAUCUUAUUCUCUAUGCAAGUUUAUUGGUCAUCUCUAUUCAUCUUACCUAAGAAAGUUAUUAAGGAGAUUGAGAGCCUCCUUAGAGCUUUCCUAUGGUCUGGUACUGAUAUUAGAAAGCAUAGUGCGAAGAUUGCUUGGGAUAAAGUUUGUGUCCCAAGAUUACAAGGGCAUGCCCAGGACCUACAGAGCUAUUUACAAUGA